AUGUCGUCCCCAUUCUCGAUCAACGGAGGGGCCUGUGUCGCCAUGACAGGUAAAGACUGCGUAGCCAUAGCUUGCGAUCUCCGACUCGGAAUGCAAGCCCUCACCAUUUCCAACAACUUCCCCAAGAUAUUCUCCUACGGCGAUGUCUACCUCGGUCUCACAGGUCUAGCUACUGACGUCUCCACCGUCUCCGACCUCUUCAGGUACAAAGUAAAUAUGUACAGACUUCGAGAAGAGAGAAAUAUAUCGCCGCAGACGAUGGCGCAGCUUGUGAGCACGAGUCUUUACGAGAAGAGAUUUGGGCCGUACUUCGUCAGUCCGGUUGUUGGGGGGAUCAAUCACACCACAGGCAAGCCGUUCAUCUGUGGCUUUGACAGCAUAGGGUGUAUAGAUUAUGCGAAGGAUUUUAUCGUUUCUGGGACGGCUAGUGACCAAUUGUUCGGAACGUGUGAGGGUCUCUGGGAGCCAGAUCUGGGACCAGAGGACCUUUUCGAGACUGUGUCGCAAGCGCUGUUGAAUGCAGUAGAUCGAGACGCGUUAUCCGGCUGGGGUGCACAUGUCUACAUAAUAGAGAAGGAUAAGGUGACGAAACGAUUAUUGAAAGGAAGGCAAGACUGA